CGUCAUCGCGCGCGACUCAAAAGCGCCGCCACUCUAGAGAAUCGCUGGAAUUCAGGAAAGAACUUACAGAUUUGCCGACAUGACGAAGCUACUGCAGUGGCUCUUGACGCUGGCGCUUCUGGGUGCCACGUGGGCAACUCUAACCCUGAACCUACUGGGACUCAGUCCUCUGCCCCCAGCGUGGUACCAAGUGCUGUGGCCACUGCCCACCUAUCUGCUGGUGACGUUCGGCUGCUAUUCGCUAGGCGUCGUGGGGUAUCGCUUGGCAUCUUUCAAUGACUGUGAGGAGGCAGCGCGGGAGCUGCAGGCCCAGAUCCGCGAGGCCCGGGAUGAUCUCGCACGGCGCGGCAUGAAGUUCUGAUCCUGGCUGCGUUGGACUGGAGAGGGGUGGGGGAGGUGCUGUCUGAACUGAUGGUUGAAAUAACGGAAACUAUGAUGGAACUGUCAUUGGUUGAAGGAGUAUUCCUACGUUAACGAUAAUACUUAGCAUUUUAAGUGUUCCAAGCUUACCACAGCCCUGUUUUGUUCAUUCUAUAUACUGGAUUUGGUGAUGUUGCUUGUUUGUCAGGACAAUUAAAAGAAUGAUUAUUUCUCUCCCCACCACGAAGAUGGAUAGAUGGAUAAUUAGGGGCAGUUGAGGCAGUUUUUAUGUAUUGAAUUU